AUGCCGAGCGGGGAGAUGACUAUCACGUUGGAUGAUGUGAGCUGUCUGCUCCAUAUCCCCGUUGACGGACGCAUGCUGCACCAUAUAUUGCCAACGGGGAAGGACGAGGGUGUUAGGUGGAUGGUUGAGAUGCUGGGGUCAACUGAGAGGGAAGCACUUGAUGAGGUGAAGAAGACGAAGGGAGCACAUUGUAGGUUUGUGUACCUUCGGCGGCUGAUAGAGCGGCACAUUAAAACGACCAAACAAGCUGAGAAUGACAAGGAUGAGGAGAAUUUUGAGAAGUACCAGGAGUACAUUGUCAGGGCCUAUAUGAUGCUUUUGGUUGGAACCACCAUCUUCUCCAACAAGGCGAAGAACUAUGUGGAUCUGAAGUUCUUGCCAUACUUCCGUGAGUUGGACCUGGCCUGGGUAUAUGACCACUUUCAGAACAUUGGAACAUUGUCCUCGAAGUACAGCCAGGAGUUGCCCAGAUGCUGCAAAUAUCUUCCCCCCAAGGGUCAGAGUGAUCAGGGGGCCAUGAGGAUUAUGAUGGAUCGGCUGCUGCCUCAUGACAUCAUCUGGAUGCCUUAUGACGAUCACCGUAGUGUGCGGCCAUUUGAGACAUGUUCUAUCUACUCCGGUUGGAUCAGGUGUGGUCCGGCGAAGGUUCCAUAUUUGUCUGAGAGGGUCCUUCGUCAGUUUGGGCAUGUCCAAGAGAUCCCACGUCAUCCGAACACCCGCCUUGACCACUUGGCCACCCUUGACCAGAUAUCAGACCACUGGACGCUCCUGGUAGGUCAUAUCCUGACCCCUGAAUUGCUUGGCAGGGAGGUUGCUUACGCGUCCGAGGCAUCCCGUGAUUACAUGGAGUGGUAUGUGCGCCAUUCACAUCCUCACAUCAUCCGCAUCCCGAAUGAAGCAUAUUUGUCGGGUGGGGCGUUUCAGUCCAUGGAGGUCCAUCGUCUGAGAGGAGUAUUGAGUGUUGUCCGGGACAAAAACUACAAGGUGCGGUGA